UGUUGAUUGACUCUAAUUCCCAUUUCUUCCCUCUCUUCCUUUGAUAGGCAAGUCCAUGAGGUUCAGUCUUACAUGGGGCAUCUUGAGACCUCCGACAAGCAGUCAGUACACUUGGUAGAAAAUGAGAUUCAGGCAAGAAUAGACAGGAUAUUCAGCAACCUGGAACGCCUGGAGAUCCUGUCCAGCAAAGAACCUGCCAACAAACGGCAGAAUGCCAAACUCCGAGUUGACCAGCUGAAAUAUGAUGUCCAGCACCUGCAGUCAGCACUGAGGAAUUUCCAGCAUCGUCGUUACAGUCGAGAGCAACAGGAGAAACAGCGAGAGGAGCUCCUGGCACGCACUUUCACUGCUAAUGACUCUGACACCACCAUACCGAUCGACGAAACAUUACAGUUUAAUGAAUCCCUCCAGAAUGCCCAUCGUGGCAUGGAUGAUCUUAUUGGCAGUGGGACCAGCAUCCUGCAUGGGCUGAGGGACCAGAGAAUGACACUAAAGGGCACGCACAAAAAAAUCCUAGAUGUUGCCAACAUGCUGGGCUUAUCGAACACAGUGAUGCGACUGAUUGAGAAGCGGGCUUUCCAGGACAAAUACUUCAUGAUCGGCGGAAUGCUCUUGAGCUGCGUGAUCAUGUUCCUUGUGGUGCAGUACCUGACGUGAGCUGAUAAUUCGAGCUAGAGGAGAGAACCAUUUGGAUGAAGACAGACUGCCCUCCCCAAAUGUACUGCUUAGUUCUUUGUGACCUUUGGGUUAGUCCUGCUCCGUAAACUGCAGUGUGUGCCAAGUGACACUCAGAUGUAAUCACAUAUGGGCCAUGCAGAGGGGAGCAAAUGUGGCUGAGGAUGCCAUAAUUGGAACUAGGAGCCCAGCCUUUAAUGUGGUUAGCCUGUUGCCUGUAUACUGCAGACUCUAGUUACACAGGAGCCGGAUGCAAUGAAUAUUUUUGAUCAGCUCUACUAGGAAUGGUUGUGAUAACCUCGUUUUUUUUAUUGGGGGUGGGGGGGAGUGGAGAGGGGAUGGAGGAGUUAAGAACUGUAAGGAAAAAUGUGAUGUACCUUCCCUGUGCUGGGGUUUUCUCAUUGUUAUUUUCCACAUGCAGAAGCCUUGUGAGGAAAGUAACAAAACCCUACAGAGGCCUGCCCUGCAGAGCAUACACGCAUGGA